CCUGCAGCUCUAGAAGCCCCGCCUCACAGGGCUGCUGCCAGGGUCCGCCCACCGGUAUCCAAUCAGAGAAGGGGCCCGCAGACCCUGACCAAUGAGGAGGUGGCCAGGGCCUAGUGGGCGGGCCCGGUGGUGCACAGCCAAGAUGCUGCUCGCCGGAGGCUCCCGGCAGCCCAAAAUAGACCCCCGGGCCAGGUGCCGGAGCGCGGGUCAUGGACUCCGGACCAACUGGACGCCUCGGGAGUCCCGAGGCCGCAUCGCCGCCGUUUGUGCACGUCGCCCCUUCGCUCUUCCUCGGGAACGCGCGCGCCGCGGUCCAGUCCGAGCUGCUGGCGCGCGCGGGCGUCACGCUGUGCAUCAACGUCUCGCGCCAGCAGCCCGGGCCGCGCGCGCCCGGCGUGGACGAGCUGCGCGUGCCCGUGUUCGACGACCCGGCCGAAGACCUGCUGGCGCACCUGGAGCCCACCUGCGCCGCCAUGAAUGCGGCGGUGCGCGCCGGCGGCGCCUGCCUCGUCUACUGCAAGAACGGCCGCAGCCGCUCGGUGGCCGUCUGCACCGCCUACCUCAUGCGGUACCGCGGCCUCAGCCUGGAGCAGGCCUUCCAGACGGUGAAGAGCGCCCGCCCCGUAGCCGAGCCCAACCCGGGCUUUUGGCGUCAGCUCCAGGAGUACGAGGAGGCCCUGCGGUCCGGGUCCCGCCUGCCCCAGGGGCCCUCCGGACAGUGAGCCCUAGUUGCUCAGUCCAACCACCAAGCCGGGGCUCCCGAGUUUCCAAGGGAGAGCUAGUCCAUGCACACCCCUAAUUUAUUAGACAGGGCUUGGCAAGGAAGAUCAAAACCUCUUGGGCUUAAAGCGGAAAGGCAUUUCUUACAGGGACAUCAAGACCGGGAGCCAAGGUCAGGAAACGGGGAAGUUCCAGGGGUCAGAGACCUGCCACCCUGGUGCUGGCUCCUGGCCACUGGGAUGUGGGCGACUCUGGGAGGACGCCUGGGGCUGCUGGCAAAUUCGUGUCUGCCACCCGCUCGAGCCAUAGUGGCUUUUCCCCAGCCUCACAGUGGUCCCCUCUGAGGUCCUGAACCGGACACAGGAUCUGGCCCGCGAGGACCAUGGUUUCCAGACUUGUAGCUGCUGCGACAUGCAGGUGAGCGUGCAAGGGUGUGACAGACUGUCAAGCAUGCCCACCUCCUACCUUCCUUAUGGCCUGGUUUCAGCUGCCGCAUCGAGCCCACGUUUGCUCUCCCGCAGCCACCCUCCUACCCACAGAACGCCCGCCACCCAUGCGUCUGAGCCCGUGCACUCCUCUCCUGGGCACACGCCUCACCCAGACGCCCUGUGGCCUGAAGAUGACACUAGAAAAUGUAUCGCCAUCAACACUUCUUUGAAAAAGAUUUUAUUUAUUUAUUGUGUGGGGGGAGGAGGGAUAAAGUGGAGAGAAGCAUCAAUCAGUUGCCUCUUGCACGCCCCCAGCCAGGGACCUGGCCCGCAACCCAAGCAUGUGCCCUGACCAGUCAGUUCACAGACAGCACCCAACCCACUGAGCCUCACCAAUCCAGGCACCACCACCACCACCACUCCUUAAAUAAGAUGGUGGGGAAAAGAAAAGGAAAAAAUGGCUACUACAUGUCUUCAACUGAUUACCAUGGGUACCAAUUAAAUGCCAACAGGAAUCCCUGAUUUGGGGCGUGGCUAAGAAGGAAACUAUUCACUGUGAACAGCUCAAUUGCAACACAGCACAGUUUUAAAACAAUGACUGUGAGGUCGCCCUGGGGCCCCUCUGCUCUGCUCCUCGAAGCUUUGCUGCUCUGCUGGUCUGCUUUGUACUGUGCUGCGCCCCAGCAAGACACCUUUAAUGUUUCUACGCAGCCAGGAAAAAUCUUCAGUAUCAGGUGGAAAGAGAAAGUGCAUUCAGAGCCACAGGAGAGCUGGCUUACAGGGGCAGAAGUUCCUGCCUCUGGUCCCUGCACAUGCAAAUGAGGACUCCAAAUCCUCCUAGUUUGAUUGGUCCAAAAGGCACUUGUCCUGAUUGGUCAGCAUAGAACCACUGGUAGGAGCUGUGUAUCUGAUUGGAUGGGAAAGCGUCAGUCUUACUGACUAACAGGAUUUCAGGAGCUCCCUUAUAAGGGGUGCUCACAGGGCACAGACGGUGCAGGUGGGUAGUUCAGUGCACCGGAGGCUUAUCUGCAAAGUGCGCUUUGCAAGAGAGGCCCCGUGUAGAAAUGGCUGCUGGGCUCUGGGUUUUUGGGUUUUGGUUUUGAACCCUGUUAGCCACCAGGAGCUGUUCUUAGUGGGCAUCUUCUUUCUCAGGGUUUACAAUGUGAGUUCCAGACACUAUACGUAGUUCCUGGUUAACAUAUACAAACAUAUAUAUAACGAGAUAAAAGAAUAAAAUAACUGUAGUUGGUGUUCAUCAUUUCCCUUGCUAAGAGU